AUGACAGACCCCAUAUUGGAAUCACAGUCAACCAGCAACGCUGGGGAGAUGGAUAGACUGUGCUCUGAACUAUUGCUGAUCCCUCAGCCUCUCUCCAACCGUGGAAUCCUGGAGCCUGUUCAGAGCCCCUGCCCUUCUGGGAGCCCCACCCCUCUGCCUGCCGAGCCAGGCUGUUUGCUCGUAGAGGCCACCACAACUGAAGAGGGCACGGGGAACAUGGAGAUCAUUGUGGAAGCAGUAGCCGGAAACCUGUCCCCAGGGGCUCCUGGAGACGCUCCAGCACCGAAACAGCCUCCAGAAGAGGGGGAACCUUCAGAAGAAGCAGGCGUGCCCAUGCCUGGGCAGGAGUCAGCGGAAGAGGAAGAGGAAGAAGAGAGUAACUCCCCGAAGGACUCCCAGAAAUCCCCAGAAAAUGGCAAGGAGGCUCAGCGGAUGGAAGGUGAGGUGGCUUCUGGUGCUGAGUCCCUCUUCAAGACCCACAUGUGUCCAGAGUGUAAGCGCUGCUUUAAGAAGCGGACCCACCUGGUGGAGCACCUGCAUCUCCACUUCCCAGACCCCAGCCUCCAGUGCCCCAACUGCCAGAAGUUCUUCACCAGUAAGAGCAAGCUCAAGACCCACCUGCUUCGCGAGCUGGGCGAGAAGGCCCAUCGCUGCCCGCUGUGCCACUACAGCGCCGUGGAGAGGAACGCGCUCAACCGCCACAUGGCCAGCAUGCACGAGGACAUUUCCAACUUCUACUCGGACACCUACGCCUGUCCUGUGUGCCGCGAGGAAUUCCACCGCAGCCAGGCCCUCAAGGAGCACCUCAAGAGCCACACGGCGGCGGCAGCAGCAGAGCCGCUGCCUCUCGGCUGCUUUCAGGAGGGCUGUGGCUACUCAGCGCCCCACCGCAAGGCCUUCGUGAAGCACCUGAAGGAGGCCCAUGGGCUGCGAGCGGUGGAGUGCCGUCACCACUCGUGCCCCAUGCUCUUCGCCACGGCCGAGGCCAUGGAGGUCCACCACAAAAGCCAUUACGCCUUCCACUGCCCCCACUGUGACUUCGCUUGCUCCAACAAGCACCUGUUCCGCAAGCACAAGAAGCAGGGCCACCCUGGCAGUGAAGAGCUGCGGUGCACUUUCUGCCCUUUCGCCACCUUCAACCCAGUGGCCUACCAGGACCACGUGGGCAAGAUGCAUGCACACGAGAAGAUCCACCAGUGCCCCGAAUGCAGCUUUGCCACCGCCCACAAGAGGGUGCUCAUCCGACACAUGCUGCUGCAUACUGGUGAGAAACCUCACAAGUGCGAGCUGUGUGACUUCACAUGCCGAGACGUGAGCUACCUGUCCAAGCACAUGCUGACCCACUCCAACGUCAAGGAUUACAUGUGCACUGAGUGUGGCUACGUCACCAAGUGGAAGCACUACCUCAGCGUGCACAUGCGCAAACAUGCGGGAGACCUCAGAUACCAGUGCAACCAGUGCUCCUAUCGCUGCCACCGGGCCGACCAGCUGAGCAGCCACAAACUACGGCACCAGGGCAAGACCCUGAUGUGUGAGGUGUGUGCUUUUGCCUGCAAGCGGAAGUAUGAGCUGCAGAAGCACAUGGCUUCCCAGCACCGCCCUGGCACGCCAGCCCCCCUCUACCCCUGCCGCUACUGCAGCUACCAGAGCCGCCACAAGCAGGCCCUGCUGAGCCACGAGAACUGCAAGCACACCCGGCUGCGGGAGUUCCGCUGUGCGCUCUGCGACUACCGCACCUUCAGCAACACCACACUCUUCUUCCACAAGCGAAAGGCCCACGGCUACGUGCCCGGGGACCAGGUCUGGCAGCUCCAGUACGCAAGCCAGGAGCCAGAGCGCUCCAGCCAGUGCCCAACACCCCUGCCAGACACGCAGUCCUCAAACCAGCUGUCCACCCAGCCUGAGGAGCUGGGCCCCGACCCUGGGACCGUGGUGGAUCCCAGCCUGGUGCAGGCACUGCCAGAGACCAGCGAGGAGGAUGGUGCUGGGAGACAGGAUGGCGGCGGAGCUCCCCAGGGAGACGAUCUGGCUGGCAGCCCCAGCCCAGCCGAGGUGGACGAGGGUGGCUGCACUCUUCACCUGGAGGCCCUGGGUGUGGAGCUGGAACCCACCGAGCCACCACUUGAGGACAUCGCAGAGGCAGCCCCUGUGACAUUCCGGCCUUUGGAUCCCUCAGGGCCGCUGGGACUGGAAGGAUCAGAGGGAGCUUUGACAGAGCUCACUAGCUUUGAAGGCGUUGAGCCUGCCAGCUUGGGUGCUGAAGAGCCCCUUCUGGAGAAGCCAGAUCCUGAGCUCCUCAGACAGCCUCCCUUCCCAGAGGAGCCCUCUGGUGGCUGGGUGGAGACCUUCAAGGCAACGCCACCUGCUGAGACUGCACCCUCACCCCAGUUGCCCGAGUCAGAGUCCUUACUCAAGGCCCUACGGAGACAAGACAAAGAGCAAGCCGAGGCACUGGUGUUGGAGGGGCGCGUGCAGAUGGUGGUGAUCCAGGCAGAGGGGCAGGCCUUUCGCUGCCCUCACUGCCCUUUUAUCACCCGCCGGGAAAAGGCCUUUAGUCUGCACAACAGGACUGGCUGCCAGGGUCGUCGAGAGCCCCUGCUGUGCCCUGAGUGUGGGGCCAGCUUCAAGCAGCAGCGGGGCCUUAGCACCCACCUGCUGAAGAAGUGCCCUGUUCUGCUCAGAAAAAACAAAGGCUUGUCCAGGUCCGACUCACCCAGCCCUCUGCCCACAUGCACCCAGACCUCAGAGGAUGCAAAAGCUGGGAAGCCCCCGCCAGAGCCGUUGGAAAUAGAGCUGGUACUUCCAAAAGAUCCUCCUCCUGAGCCGCCCCAGGAGCCAAGAGAAAUAGAGGAGCCUCUCACUACCCUCUCUGGCUCCCCAUUUCCUCCUGCAGGAGACCACCCCACGCCCACAGGGACAUCUGACAAGUUCCACUUUGAGCAGGGCAAAUUUCACUGCAACUCUUGCACAUUCCUUUGCUCUCGACUGUCCUCCAUUACUUCUCAUGUGGCUGAAGGCUGCCGGGGUGCACGUGGAGGGGGUGGGAAGCGAGGGUCUCCCCAAGGCCAGCCUGUGGUGUCCCCCAUGAACAAUGGAGACCUUGCCCCCGAGGGCACUGGGAGCACAGAGCCCAGCCCUAGUGGUGGGGAUGCAGCUCUGGUCCCCAGACAAAAGGGGGCUCGCUUCUCCUGCCCCACGUGCCCCUUCAGCUGCCAGCAGGAACGUGCUCUGAGGACUCACCAGGCCCGGGGCUGCCCCCUCGAGGAGUCUGGAGACCUGCAUUGUGACCUCUGCCCAUUUACCACCUCUGCUGCCACUGCCUUGAGGCUCCACCAGAAGAGGAGGCACCCGGCUGCAGGCGCUGCCCGAGGCCCCCGGCCACCCUUGCAGUGUGGGGACUGCAGCUUCACGUGCAAGCAGAGCCGAUGUCUGCAGCAGCACCGGAGGCUCAAGCACGAAGGGGUGAAGCCACAUCAGUGUCCUUUCUGUGACUUUUCCACCACCAGGCGGUACCGGCUGGAGGCUCACCAGUCUCGGCACACGGGCGUUGGCCGCAUCCCCUGUACCUCCUGCCCCCAGACCUUUGGCACCAACUCCAAGCUCCGCUUGCACCGGCUGAGGGUACAUGACAAGACGCCCACCCACUUCUGCCCACUCUGUGACUAUAGUGGCUAUCUCCGCCAUGACAUCACGCGCCAUGUCAACAGCUGCCACCAGGGCACCCCCGCCUUUGCCUGCCCCCAGUGCGAGGCCCAGUUCAGCUCUGAGACGGCACUCAAGCAGCAUGCUCUACGCCGGCACCCUGAGCCCGCACCUGCAGCCCCCGGCUCGCCAACAGAGGCUGCCCAGGGCCCCCUGCACUGCUCGCGCUGUGGGCUGCUGUGCCCCAGCCCUGCCAGCCUGCGUGGACACACCCGGAAGCAGCACCCCCGGCUGGAGUGCACGGCCUGUCGAGAGGCCUUCCCGAGCCGGCCGGCGCUGGAGGAGCACCGGAGGCAGCAGCAUUUCAGCCACCGCUGUCAGCUCUGUGACUUUGCCGCCCGGGAGCAGGUGGGUCUGGUGAAGCACUACCUGGAGCAGCAUGAGGACCCUGUAUGCGCAGCCCCAGCUGUGGACGGGGAUGCUAGCCAGCCCGCUCUGCGAUGCCCCUUUUGUGACUUUGCAUGCCGCCACCAGCUGGUGCUUGAUCACCAUGUGAAGGGACACGGGGGCACUCGGCUCUACAAGUGUACCGACUGUGCUUACAGCACCAAAAACCGGCAGAAGAUCACCUGGCACAGCCGCAUCCACACCGGGGAAAAGCCGUACCGCUGUCACCUCUGCCCCUAUGCCUGUGCUGACCCCUCCCGCCUCAAGUACCACAUGCGGAUCCAUAAGGAGGAACGCAAGUACCUGUGCCCCGACUGUGGCUACAAGUGCAAGUGGGUCAACCAGCUCAAAUACCACAUGAGUAAGCACACAGGACUGAAGCCAUACCAGUGUCCCGAGUGUGAGUACUGCACCAACCGGGCGGACGCGCUGCGUGUGCAUCGGGAGACGCGGCACCGGGACGCGCGGGCCUUCAUGUGCGAACAGUGUGGCAAGGCCUUCAAGACGCGCUUCCUGCUGCGCACCCACCUCCGCAAGCACAGCGAGGCCAAACCCUACGUGUGCAACGUGUGCCACCGGGCGUUCAGGUGGGCCGCCGGCCUGCGCCACCACGCCCUCACCCACACUGACCGCCACCCCUUUUUCUGCAGACUCUGCAGCUACAAGGCCAAGCAGAAAUUCCAGGUGGUCAAGCACGUGCGCAGGCACCACCCGGACCAGAUGGACCCAAACCAGGGCGUGGGCAAGGACCCGACCACCCCCACAGUGCAUCUGCAUGACGUGCAGCUGGAGGACCCUGGCCCUCCUGCUCCUGCUGCACCGCCUACCGGACCUGAGGGCUAA